CACUGGAAUUCAUUAAGUGUCUUACCACAAGUCUCUUAGUACCUCCAAAAGCACGCAGCCGACACCGACAAUCAACCAACUACCCCAGUGUACGACGGACGGAUCGUUUGAACGCCUGACCAAACCGCACGUCUGCCCCAGUGAACACGUAAAAAUUUUGAAAUUGUACAAAGUACGAAUCGAAGGAGUGCAAAGCCAAUUGUGAUUGCUACAGAUAAAGGCACCGCGCGGUUAACUUCAAAAAAAUAUAUAUUAUAUAUCUAUUAUAUAUUUUUACCACGAAACCAAAUACGUAAACAAAAAAUAGUAUUUGCUAUAAUUUUUGUUUUAAACCCAAAGUGCAACUUGGCUGUUUACACACCUACAUAUAGAUAUAUGUACGAACAAGUGUGCUUUUGAAGCGUAGCGAAAAUACGAGAAAAUAGUAAAUAUCCAAAGCAAAUAGCAACGAAAUUUGUGGUGUUAAAUAAAAGUGUGCAUAAUUUGCAUAAAAAGUGCGGAAAAGUGUUUGAUGCAUUGUUGUUGCAGCUGUUGCUUUUGAAAAAGAGUUCAUACAGCUAUUAUUGUGAUUUGUGCAUUUCUUGUGUACAACUUGUAAUCCCUGUGGAUACGCAGCCAAUUUGCUCCAUAAAAAUGAAAUUCUUAACUUCCUUAUUUGCCAUCUGCAUGAGUCUGGCUCUGGUCGCCGGUCAACGGUUCUUCCCAAUACCCACAGACUUCAACUUCAAUUCUUUGGGAUCUCCAAAUGCUAUCCGAGAUGGACGCAAUAACCGAGGUCCCGUGCUUUUCCCGCCAUCACCACCAAAUCAAUUCGAUGAGAGCAGCGGCGUGAUAGUUGGCGCUUCCGGUUAUGGCUUUGUGCCACCCCAACAACAAAAUUCUGGCGAGACGUACUAUAGCACCGCAUAUCGGGUGCCAGCCGAUUCGUACACCGCAUUCAACUACUUCAGCAAUCCAUAUUCACACCAGUUUACUUUGCUUUAAGCCAAAUGUGGAUAAAAACCAGUCAUAGUUAUAUGUAGUUAUGUGUUAAAUGUUGUAGUUAAAAAAGUUUUAAAUAAAAAUAAAAUGUAUAAAAAUAAUGUUGAUUGAAAUAAAGGAA